AUGUUAACCGACGAACAAACCGCCCUUGUAGAACAAAUAUCGAAGAAAAAUGGUUUCGAAAAUUUUUCUAUUACAGUAGAACAAGGUUCGAACAAAGGCGACAACUAUUUGGGUAACAUUUUCUUGAUAACUGUAAAGGAAAAUGAUGAAAAUUUAAAAAAAUGUUUUAUUUUGAAGUGCGCGGAAAGUAACGAAGAAGUGCGCAAACAAAUGCCCAUACACGACGCUUAUGAAAGGGAAGUAUUUUUGUAUCAAACAGUAUUACCAACUUUUGAAGAAUUUCAAAAAAAGUAUAACAUGAAAUACCCUUUUAAAGCUUUUAUAAAACUUCUUGGAUCAUCUUUGGAAAAAAACAAAGAGUUUUUAUUAAUGGAAAACAUUAAAGAUCAAGGUUUCAAGAUGUUAAAUAGAAAAAAAACUAUGGAUGAAAAACAUAUUGCACUUGUAAUGAAAGAAUUAGGAAAAUUACAUUCAGUAUCUUUAGCUAUGAAACAAUUAGAACCAGAUACAUAUCAACACCUAAUCAAAAACCUUGAUGAUUAUUUUAUGAAAAAUAAAAACGUAAUGGACUCUUUCCGGAAAAGUUUCGGAAUCACCUUUGACAUAGCUUUGAAAUUGGUUAAAGACAAUCCUAAAGCAACUAAAGCUAUCACGGAAUAUAAACAAGAAUUUCAUAAAACUCUUGAAGAUUUAGAAGAUGAAAAAAAUCGCUUGGUAAUCGUGCAUGGUGAUGCUUGGUGCAAUAAUAUGAUGUUUAAAUAUGAAGACCCAAACAAUCUGUCUAUGUGUUUUCUUGACUGGCAAAUAUCCAAAAUAGCUAGUCCAGUAUCAGAUCUUUUCUACUACUUUUUUAGUGCCGCCUCCAAACCAAUUUUAGAUGACCAUAGAAUUUAUUUGCAGCUCUAUUAUAAAACAAUACAAGAAAAUCUGGAAAGCGUUGGGUGUAAUGCCCAAGCAAUAUUUCCUUUUAAAUUGCUGCAAGAGCACUGGGAAAAAUUUGCGAAAAUUGGGGUUUUUAUGAGCGUGGGCAUGCUGCAAGCUUUUUUAAAAGACGAAAAAGAUGCCAAAAGUUUCGUGGAAAUGACCGAAGGAGGUCAAAAUCUUAUGGACCAGUUUUGGAAGGACGAGGAAUUCAGCGAGGAAUAUUGCCAAAGAAUGCGAGAUAUUAUUUUUAUGAUGGUUGAAAAUAAAUAUAUAUGA